AGUCCUCCCAUUGACCGUAGCAGGAAUCUGUAGCGCUGUCGGGGUGGAGCAGCUCUGCCAACACAACCAGCCAAUGUAACAAUGGAGCUCGGUGUCAGUCAGCGAUAGAAACAUGAGCUGUUACAUAUCAGCCACCACUUUCCUCGUUUGUUCGCUUCACUAGCUGACGCAGUAACAUUAGAAACCGCGGGGGCAGACUGCGCUUGUAUGGCGGGUCUGUCUUAUUUAGUGCUCCGAUUUUCGGGCUCCGCUGGUCGGACUUACGGAGUGUUUUCCAAAGGCUUGACGAGGACUUUGUUGAUAUUUUUUGAUCUCGCUUGGCGACUGCGAAUCAGAUUCCCCUACAUCUACCUUGUUGCUUCGAUGAUAUUUAAUGUCAGACUACAGGUCCACAUUGAAAUCCACUGAAUCUCCACUGCCUGUGUUUGGACAACAAACUGUGAGCACUGCCAUGUUUCAGCCCUCUUAAAAAUAAAAACUGACACUGCGCAGCGAUGUGGAGGAAGAGGACACUUCAUUCUGCAAACUGGUGUGACAAUGCAAAAGAGUGACACGGCUGGUUGCUGCGGUCAGCCCUCAUUACACAAGCCCGGUGCCUUUUGCAGGAAGGGGACGGACGGCAGUGAUGUCUGCAAAAAUGAGCCGGGGCUGAGCAGUGAUAUGUCAGGGUGGGGGUGGUGGUAGUGCCUCACAUUCACCCUUUUAACCUGUCACCUGAGAUUCGGUGGCCGCUCGCCCUGGAUAGAUUGUGUCAGAUGAAGGGUGAAUUUCACUGCCUUUUCUUUCUGGAUAUCGAGGACAGUGGCGUGGACUUGAUCAUGAAAACAGAUGAUUGUCACUUUGGAGCUACUGUUUACAUGUAUGUUUAAGGCGCUCAGUGUAAACAUCUCACUUUAAUUUAUAAAAGUAAAUAUCUGCACCGCAUGACACAAACAAGCAUGUUUUUUUUGUCCUCUAUGCUGCCUGGAUACUUUAUUUGAGGUUUGGGGUUAGCUGUAUAAGCGGUACACAGAGGUUUUAGGGGAAAUCAUUCAGCUACCACUGCUACCAACUGUUCUACUGGAAAUUACAGUCUGUUAUUAAAUGCAGUCUCAAAGGGAAUCACUGCAUGUCUUCUAUGUGUUGGUACACACAGGUCGUCACACUCGUGUUUCUGUAUUGUCAGUGGCACGUGGAAUAAGGCGUCGGUGAUGAAAAAUGUUACUUGCAUUUGUGACGUGUUUUUAUUUCUGUGGGAAAAAAAUGUGUGUGUGGGGAGGGCGGGGAGCUUGAAGUCACAGAAUUGAUGGUAUGGAAGGGAAGUAUUAAAUGAAUGAAAUCACCA